CUGCAGCCGUGAUCGAGGAUUAAGAGGCCUGCGAGGUGGCCGGCGACCAACAGGCGGCCACCGAGGGCCGUGGCAGGCCACGGACGGCGUGCAGGACAAGUCAGAGGGCCCCGCUCAGCCAGAUUCUGAUUCGCAGGGUGCGAGGCCGACUUUUCCCGAGUGCAUCGUCACGCUGAAUUGCAAGGAUAUCCGCAAAUUGAAGCAGCAGCAGCCUCCGCCAGCAGCACAUGCAGGUGCAACCACCGACCCUGCGGCCGCCGCCCGUCGCUGAGAGCGAUUCUUUCGUAUGGAUGUCCAGCACAACAUACCCAUGCCCACCAGCCGCACGAGAGGCUCAAUUUUGGCGACAGAUUUUUAAUGCCUGGCUCUUCCUCCGAGUGGCUUCGGCAUCAAGGUGCUGAACGUUGAGUGGACGGACGAUGCGUUGUUCGAGUUCGCAGUUGAGGAUUACGUGUUUACGUGCGAUUGUCCAUCGCCAACUUCGUCUGUGUCUUCGACAUCGUCGGCCAGCUGGUUGGAGCACUGGGCUGCAUCCUCGGCGCUUGCGGCAUGGCGGCGCACUUCUCACCCGCUCGGGCGAUUGUCGGCAACCCCUUAAGCAGCCGGAACGUGGCACCUUCGCGCGAUCUCAUCCCCAACAGCGUUCGGCAGCACGUGCAACGCGUCAACGUCAGGCCGCCUCCAAGCUAGGCCGACGCCCUGAAGAAGCCUGAGCCGCCCAGCAUUCAGGUUACGCCCGCCACCAGGGUUCCUCCCAGCGACUUGAAGAUCGCCCUGUCCUACACUGAAAAGCAGCAGAAACUGAUAGCACUGCGCAAAUUGAUUCCUUUCACUGACGAGAUGAUGGAAAAGCGGCGAGCGCGAGUUACUGCACGCUGAUUUAAUUGUCCACACGCAAAACGAGGUGCAUGGGAAUAAAGAGGCGGAGCGAAGCACAGUAUGCACAAGUGCGCAUGCGUGGUUGGCAGCUGGCACUGGCACUGGCAGUCUCCAUCCUCCAUCUCCAGUCUGGCAGCGACAUCGGCUGGAGGAAGACGUGCGCGGUGCUGGUCUGCAGCCGUGACAGGCGACUAUCGAGGACCAUCACAUUUUGGGUCGUCGAAGAGGGCGCGACAGUGCGGUUCCAGUGCGCGAUCGCCGGCCACCCGACGCCCUGGGUGACCUGGGACAAGGACGGCCUGAUCCUGACGCCGUCGCGCAGACUGACCAUCAAGGAGAAGGACGAUUUGCGCAUCGUCGAAAUUAUCGAGGUUACCGUGGAGGACGCCGGCCUCUUCAGAGUCACCCUGGAGAACGACGUCGGCCGCGUCGAGGCCAGCGCCAGGCUGAACGUCAUCGGUGAGUUUUGUACUUUGUUCAAUCCCCUCGGCACUUGAAUUGAU